UGAAAAUUUAAAAGAUAUCCAAAACUCUUUAGAGGAACAGCUAGAAAUUUUAUCAAAUCAUAAAAGUCUUCGGUUGGGAGCAAUAAAUAAGGCUAUCAAGCUUCUUGAAAACCUGCCAAGAACACUAAAACGAAAAGAUAUAUUAAAUUUCCUUGAAAAUCAGGACCUAAAAUUUGCUGAGAGUCGAUAUAAAGUCAAUGUUGAAUUAAGUGUCGUUACUGAUAAAACGGUCAUGACAGGAAAGACUACCGAAAAGUUUGCAAGGUCUUUGAAUAACGAUCAUGACAUCAGGGGCUCUGAAAGUCAAGAUUCCAGUACAAAAACCCAGACUACUGUUAAUAAUGAACAAGAAGAAAACAAACAGGAAGAAAGUAAACCGGAAGAAAAUAAACUGGAAGAAAAUGAAGGCGGAGAUGUACUUACCGGUGAAAGUAGUACGAUGUGUGUUAAGGAUAUCCUUGAAGACUCGAUUGAAGUUUCACCCGUCAUAAAGGAAGCAUCUAUAAUGGAUCUACGUCCAAAAUCAAAAUUUUCACUACUUCUGGAUUUGGGACUUCAAAAAACCAUUUUGCACGAAGUUUUUGAUGAAAUUGACAACUAUAUUACUGAUGAUAUUCACGAAUAUCUUACGUCAUUUUUCAAUAAAGAUUUCACUGCGCAAGGCUGGGAUAAUGCCAUCAACAAUAUAGAUUUCGAUAAAUGUGAUUCAGAACACUUAAAGAAUAUUAAAAAAUUAAUUCAGGAAACUUUACCGAAAUUUUUAAAAGCGUUUUCAUUGGAGGAUCUUAAUCCGUUGAGGGAUAUUACAAUCUUGGAAAAACCGCAUCUUAACCAGUUUGUACAUCCUAUAAUUGACUCGGCAUUGUGGAAUUUUGCCAAGGUUGAUCAUUUCUGCCUACCGAAAAACUGGGUUGAUAUGCCAAACUUUGUGUGGUUAUAUGAGGCAAUAAUCAAAUGGGCCUUAUGCGUUAAUUCAACACGAAAUGGAUUGAUUGAGCAUAGAAAGAAAAGAAGGGUGAGCCGAUACUCUGAAGUUGGCAUCGCAAAAAAAUUAGCACCAUUAAGGGAUCAACAUGAAUAG